AUUCGAACCACGAGCUGUCCCUCUCAAAAUCUAUAUCAGAAACAAGCCAGUGUUGCGAACGGACGUGUACCUUCUCCGAGGGACCAUUAAUGGCGUAUCUUUUAAGGGUCAGAUCGACCCGACAAAGCUACACUAGGAAAUCCGCUAUUCAUGUCUUUGAGAAGCCCUUAUCUCUUCAACAUCCCCCCUCAUCCUUAAAUAAUCCCUUGACUUCACACCGUCAAGAUUUCAAUUUUCACCCACCUUCAUCAAAACAUCAUCUCAAGGAAUUUAGCUUCAUUUUGCUUUCCGAAGACAAGAUACAAAACAACACAUAUAUCUCUCAUUUUGCCAAGUAUUGCACUCAACUUCACAAUGCAACCUUCCACCAUCAUCACGCUCUUCUUCGGCGCCCUCUCUAUAGCCGCUCCGGUAACAAACACAAACACAAACACAAACACACGCAUCGAUGUAGUCAAGCGAAAAGCUCUCGACAGCGAUGACGCAAUCGUCUACCCCGAAGAAAAGCUCUACGCCGAGGAGUACAAGCGAGCCGCCGACGCAAAAUCUGACGCCGAUGACUCUAUUAUCUACCCCGAGGAGAAGCUCUACGCAGAAUAGUUCUAAGCGUGAGAGUUUGGGUCCCGGGAGUUCGUUUUCAUGAAGUUAUGAGAAAGGUGCCUGUGGCGUACUUCAUUUUUUGGUAAUCGACUUUUAGAAAAUUGGAUUCGGCUAGAUAUCUCGGUUAGAUGCAGGUCGGAAUCAUAUCUUAAUCUGUCAACUAGAAGAGCUUUCUUUAUGGAAUAUUAAAUUGUCUUUCAUGAAUAAAGACAGUCAGUGCAGGUAAGGCGUGGUAGUCUAUCUAGCCACACUUUAUAAGGACGAGCUAUGGUGCUGCACAUGUGUUAG